GCAGAGUACACUCGCUUGCAGAAAGAGAGAGAUGGGAGGAGGGAGGAGGAGUAGGAGGUGUUUGCAGGCUGAUAACACACAGAUGGUUGAGCAAGGCUUCAAGCGACUGAGGGAGCAUAGCAGGAGAGAGAGGAGAGGAGAGAAAUAGAGCAAGGCUGAGUGGGAGGCAUCUGUCUCGAGUAUUGCCAAAGCAACGGAGAGAAGAGUAGAGAGGAGGUAGAGCGGUGCUGCUGAGCGUCUUGUUGCUGUGGCCGAGAGAGCUCCUGCUGCUGCUUACUCUGGACUCAUGGGAGGAAUGGAUGAUCACACACAAAAAUGCCAUCAUAACUGAGCUGCUGCUGCUGCAACCAGGACUUGAACUGAACCCACAGCAGUGCAGUGCCACAGAGACACAGAGCCAGACCAGGGCAGGAUGUGGUAUUGCAUGCAUGCUUUUAUAAGCGUUUGUUUGCAGGUGUAACAGGUGCUCUCAGGUGAGCUGGGUUAACUUGAAACCAGCCUGUAAACUGACUCCAUGAUGGCUGUGUGUGCCUGUGUGCGUGUGUGAGAUGCUCACAUGCCGUGUAUCAUUGUGUAGCUGCAAAUGACCAGGUGCAUCUACUGCAUGGUGUGUGACAGUGUGAGAGCACGCACACACACAUCAGGAGGAAGUGACAAGUCUGUGCUCACUCUCGGAUUUCCUGGUCCCCUCUCCUGUGGCACGCAUAGCGCAGAAUCGGAGCCGGGUUCACCUGUCUCGCCGUCACAAGGGGGACGUAAACUUUCUGGAUGCAUCAGCAGAGGAGCACUGACUUUUUCUGGAUGAGCAAAGGACAGUUGUAUGCUUGUAGACUCUGAUUUGUCUGAGUGUCAGCAUCAGCCCGGCCCCUCUCUAGAUAAACCAGCACUUCCUCAAGCCGUCAACGUGCCGCUCGGGGCCCGUACAACUCUGGACCGCUCCAUGACUGUCAACACAGUGCCGACCCCCUCCAUGACCAGCAGUAACAGCAUGAGCAGCGGGUACUGCAGCCUGGACGAUGAGAGCGAAGACUUCACUUUCUUCACAGCCAAGACCUCGUUCUUCCGCAAGCCAAGGCGGGCACCUAAGCCGACUGAGACGAAGGAGGGAGAGGAGGGAGGGACGAAAGAGCUGUCGGCGGAAGAGGUGCGGACCAGGAUAGAAGAGUAUAACGCUCAAGUCACUGAAAAUGGCAUGAAACUGGCUUCAGAUGGAUCCUUCACAGGUUUCAUUAAGGUCCACCUGAGGCUCAGUCGACCAGUCACAGUCCCCUCUGUGGAGGCGGCGGGUUCAGAGGGAGCGCCCCGGCACACGGCCGCUAGGGAUCGAGCGGCGUCUGAGGAUCAAGAGGAGACGGACUGCGGUCAGAGUGAAAAGAGAACAUCCUUCUACCUACCAAGCGACUGUGUGAAGCAGCUCCACAUCAGAUCUCAGACCACCACCCUAGAGGUCAUCCAGGCCUUGCUGAAGAAGUUCAUGGUGCUGGACAAUCCCAGCAAAUUCGCACUGUACAGGCAGAUGCACCGCGACGGACAGGAUCUCUUUCAGAAGCUUCCUCUGUGUGAGCGUCCUCUUCUUCAGAGGUUGGUUGCCGGGCCUGAACCAGAGCAGCUCACCUUUGUCCUGAAGGAAAAGGAGACUGGAGAGGUGCAGUAUCAUGCAUUCUCUGUCACUGAGCUACAAAACUUCCUGGUAUUCCUGGGGAAAGAGGAGGCGGAGCGCGUGCGGGCAGUGGGGCAUAAAUAUGCCAUGUACCGACAGAAGCUACAACAGGCCCUACGACAACAUGACCCCUGACCCCCUCACCUGCUACCUUAUGACCUCUAUUCAGGGAGAGACUGAAGCAGCCAUCUAUUCAGAGACUGGGGCCAGAGCUGAACUUGUGUGCCCCCCCCCUCCUCCUCCACAGUGCACACAAACACACAGUACAUCCAUACACACACACACAGACGUGCACACUUUCUCAGGACGUAUACAACAACCCCCCCACAAGCUCCAUUCUCUCCCUGAGGAGAGAAUCGGGGGUUGACAGCGGCGUGAGACUCUACAGGGUGUGUGGUCUGCUCGCUGGUCGGACAUGUAGUGUUUUCAUUGCCAAGGACACAAACAGAAAGUUCCGAACACUUUCUGUGGGUGAGACUUGAGAUUUCAUUUGGGACUGAUGUGAAUCAAUGGUGUUUUUGAAGACUCCAUCUUCUUCUGCUACUGCUGCUGCUGCUACUGCAAGUGUUACUUAUGCAUGAGUCUCUCAGCUCAUCCCCUCUGCACAUAGUUAGAAUAGAAACAGAAGGCAUGAUUACUUUUUGCUGCAUCUGUGUGGGAUGGAAGGACAAUCAUACUGUGUGCUUCUCUUCUUUUAUAUCAGAACUGGUGUGCAUAGGGUUCUCACAGGAUGUUUGAUUGGAAUAUGUGUGAAAUUGUGAGGGACGGGUUUACGGUGAGGUACUUGCCAAUCUUGGAGCCCAUUGGCUAUCGAAUGAUGACGAUUUAAGGCCUGGUCACACAUAUACGCACAUAAUGUGAAUAUCACAGGUCAAAGUUCACCAAAGUUUAACUCCAUGCAAAGCCACACUAUAAGAUUUGCUUUACCACAGGAAGCAAAUGUUCUAUUCACCUCCUCACCUACACUGAUUGAAAGCAAAUGGAAUGUUUGCCACUGAAACAUUUGCAUGUGUGACCCCUCUUAGCUUCUCGGGGCAACAGCCAACAUUUUCGGGCUUCUAGUGUAAACAGCAGAUAUCUGGCCGUCUUCCAUUCUCUGUCCAAACAACAUUUGAGCUAAUCUCUAUUGUAAAAAUUAAAAAGCUGAGAGCCGACACAUUUCGGUCAAAGUGUUCAGUUCUUUUGCUCUUCACACGGGCUGUUUACCUAUGGGCCAUGAAAGCCUGCUCAAACCUGAUUGGUCAAACUAGAGACAGAAACAAGAAGGCUUCCAGCCCCAAAACCAUGUCCCUCGCCCACGGAUUCUGCAUAUUCACAAGCAGAAUCUGUUUAUAGAGGUUAGGUUCUGGCUACCAGGGCUUCACCUUAAACAAAGGGUAGGAAGCAGACAGCUGUGUUUGUUUCCAACGCUUAGAACAAGAAGGAAUGGAAGGAAAGAAAGUGAUAUCCAUUCUCUCAGGGAGCAUGUGUUGAGCAAAGAGCAAACUUAAAGUAGGAAAGAGAAGCCUCACCUUACUUCAGUUCUCAUCUGUUCAGUUAAAUGCCAUGUGAAGGACCUGUGUGUGAAGAGGGAUUAUCACAACCUGUGUGUGAAGAGGGAUUAUCAGACCCCCCCCCCCCGAAUCCAGAUCUAACCCACCUUGCAUGAACUCCACCUGCAAAUACAGGGACAGGACAAUUUACAGAUUUUACACUUUGCAUACAACGCUAUGGGAUAUGGGUUGUAACUGAAUGUGAGAGGAGUUUCGUUUAGACCAAAGCUUAGAGGGACAGAUCUAUUGAGAGAAUUUUAAAGGGAACAGAGAGAUUUUUAAGUUUAUUGAAUUACAGGUAGUGUAUGUGAAAAUGAGGCCCGCUUCUGUUUUGCACAUAUUGAUGCAGGUCACUGAAUGGCCCACAACUCUGGGGUCUGGGCAUGCGUUUCUGUUUUCCUUUUCUUUUUAUCUUCUGAACCUUUCACCCAAAAAAAGAAACUAUAAAAUUCUAUAAAACUCAUAAUAAUGGCUAUGAUGUACCAACGAUGUGUUUGCAAUGCAUAUGUGUUAUGUAGACACUGGAAAAAGAGACAAGGUUUAACUUUGAUGUUAUUACAGAUAUUAAUAUUCCUUUGGUAUCAUUCCUACUGGUGUGCUUGUGUGCGUGCGUGCGUGUGUGUGUGUUCGCUCUUCUAGGGCAGUGAGGAAAAUGUGAAUUCUGUUUCAUGAUGAGUGUCUGUGUGUCAUCAGCACUCCAUAAUUGGGCCUCAAUUACCAAAUAUUAAAACAUAUAGUGCAGUAAGUGCACAUUUACUGUCAGACAAUUAUAACAUUUCAACUUCGUUGUUUUGGAAAAUGUAUCAAAAACGUAAUGCAUUUAAAAAAAUCAUUUACAGAAAACUUCCACACAUCCUGAUGGUUCUUUAUUUAUUCCGUGCGCAUACUGAUAAAUGAGGCCCGUUGUCCAUAAGCACAUGCUUCUCAGUGAACCUAGACCCUGUCUAACAUCACCACCCAAAGCCCAAGCUGUUCUGCUGGCAGUGCCUUUUGUUUCAUGUGUUAUCACUCCUGUGCAUACGCUGUGUUUCAGCACAAGGGUGCCUGAGUGUGUGUGUGUGUGUGUGUGUGUGGGUGGUUUUGCAUGUUUGUUGGACGGUGUUGUAAAUCUUUUCCCUUGUCCCCCUAUCUCCUUAACACGUGUGUCUGUCCAACAAAUCCUGUCAGUUUGUGUGUGUGUUAUUUAUUAUAUUUCACACCAUCCACAUGAUAAACAUUAUGUGUAGGAUGUUGAGACUUAAAGCAUUUUUUUGCAAUUCAUUUUGUUUAUUUGAAGAAGUGUGUAUAGAUAUAACGGUAGAACUGUACAGAAUAUCAAAAUGAAAUAAACAAGGUCAUCUCUUGA